AUGUCGGUAGACCCAGACUGCAUGCUGCACAUCACCAUGUUAACGCUGGUCAACGCCGGAACCUACAAGCUGCAGGUCCUUGGCCCUGGGGCAACCUACCCGCUUGUGAGCACAGACCUGUGUGUCUACGAGACGCUGUCACAGCCCAAGGUGAUGCCCCUCAACCCCACAGUGGUGGAGAACGGGACCCUUGAUCUCACAUAUGAGUCCUCCCCUGGCACCAAGAUGCUGCUGUGAGACUGUGACGGCUCCAUUCUGGCGCCCAGUGGCCACAUAAGGCUGUCUCUGGGGAACCGGACCCUGAUGGUGCGGGGGGUCGGCCAGGUUGACGCCGGGUAUUACACUUGUGAGGUCAGGAACCCCGAUAACACAGUGCGGAGCGAGGCGGUCAUUGUGACCGUGAUCUAUGGUCUGGACACUGUCCACAUCGACCCGCCGGGGCCCCUGUUCCUGCCCCUCGGUGACAGGGUGACCCUGACAUGUGUGGCUGACUCACUCCCAGUCCCGUGGUUCCACUGGUCCCAGAACAGCUCCAACCUGGUCCUGGCCCUGGCCCCGAUUGGUGCCAUCCUGAGCCUGGUGCUGGCAGGCAUGGAGCAGACAGGCAUGUUCAAGUGCCGCUCCACCAGUCCCAAAACCAGUCACAGCACCACCGGCUACAUCUCCAUCGCCCUGGGGUUGGGUCAGGAGGGACUUGCUAUCAGAGGAAGACCCUGUGGGGCAGCAAGGAGCGUCCCCCCAGUGUAUGAGAAUGAGCCCCCCAGCCCGAGUGGGGGCAGUGAUGCUGCAGCCCAGGACCUGUACCAGGAGCUGUGGACCUGAGCGAGGACCCCCCUGCCCCAGUACAUGCUGGGAGUCCCGGUGCACUUGAC